CAGCACAGUCUUUCAACUCCAACUUUCAGCGUGAUCCAGACGCACUUGACUGACCGCAACGCGACGAAUUGGCCAACUAGGAUCCGACGACAUGUUAUGAACUGAGAAAUAAUGGAUUAACAUGUUAAACUGAAAUAAAAGAUGCAUUCUGAUCUGGCAGACUCCGUGUAGCGCGGCGAUGCGCAGCGGCAGGUGAUGUGGGUGCUGACGCGUCGGGGCGCAACUGGUCUCCAAGCGGCGCUUAGAAACUGUGGAAGAACUUUUACACGAUUGGCUUUCAGUAGGAGCCAGAAUCAUGGAAUUGAGGGACUAUCCACUAAGUCAUCAUGACAAUUUCAAUAUUAGUUUCUAUUUAGGCAUUUAUUGUUUAUUAAAAACAGCUGUGCGAAUUAACAAACGGGCCGUUUUAAAGCGCAAACCUAGUAUUGCGUAUUGAAUUACGUUUUAAAACUUUUCUAGUGCAUUUAGUGACAACACUUGUUCUUAUCGAGUUAAUCCGGAUCCCGUUGGCUCGUAUGGGACUGAGGCACUCAUCGCGGUGCCUGCUCCUGCGGAGAAAGAUGGCGGAGGCGGAGAGCUCGGAGCAGCGCCAGCAGCAGCAGCAUAUUUCCAGUGCUCCCUCAUCCAAGUCCUUACAACCAUCUCCGCUACCAAAGCCAGUGACGUCCGUUCAUCAUGUUCCUCAUCCUCCACCCACGCCGCACGUCUCUGCGCUUUCUGCCUGCCCGGGCCGAGGCAAGAUGGCCAAGCUACUCAACCCGGAAGAGAUGACAUCACGGGACUACUACUUUGACUCCUAUGCCCACUUUGGUAUUCAUGAGGAAAUGCUAAAGGAUGAGGUGAGGACACUGACCUAUAGGAACUCCAUGUACCACAAUAAACACAUCUUUAAGGAUAAGAUAGUUCUAGAUGUGGGCAGCGGAACCGGAAUCCUCUCCAUGUUUGCUGCCAAGGCAGGAGCCAAACAUGUAUAUGGGAUUGAAUGUUCCAGUAUAUCAGAGUAUUCAGAGAAAAUCAUCAAAUCAAAUCACCUGGACAAUGUUAUUACCAUCAUUAAAGGGAAAGUGGAGGAGACUGAAUUGCCGGUGGAUCAGGUGGACAUCAUCAUUUCAGAGUGGAUGGGCUACUGUCUUUUCUACGAGUCUAUGCUCAAUACUGUCAUCUACGCCAGAGACAAAUGGCUGAAACCUGGUGGUUUCAUGUUUCCAGACAGAGCGACUUUGUAUGUGGUUGCCAUUGAGGAUCGGCAAUACAAAGACUUCAAAAUCCACUGGUGGGAGAAUGUCUAUGGUUUUGACAUGACGUGCAUUCGGAACGUUGCUAUGAUGGAGCCCCUGGUGGACAUAGUAGAUCCUAAACAAGUCGUGACCAACUCCUGCCUGAUUAAGGAGGUGGAUAUCUACACGGUGAAGCCGGAGGAUCUGACAUUCACCUCGGCCUUCUGCCUGCAGAUCCAGAGGAAUGACUAUGUUCAUGCUCUCGUCACGUACUUCAACAUUGAGUUCACCAAGUGUCACAAGAAGACUGGCUUUUCUACAGCCCCCGACGCUCCCAGCACUCACUGGAAGCAGACGGUGUUUUAUCUGGAGGAUUACUUAACGGUGCGGAGAGGAGAGGAAAUCCUGGGCAGCAUCACCAUGAAGCCCAAUGAGAAUAAUGAGCGUGACUUGGACUUCACCUUUGAGCUGGAUUUCAAAGGACAGCUCUGCGACGCAGCCAUCUCCCACGACUACAAGAUGCGGUAAAACUGGAGCGGCAUCCUGAGUCAGGCCACCGUUUCCCAGGGAGAUUCGGCGGAGAGACGGAAUGUGCCUCUCCUCUGCCUCUGUCUGGAUCAGAGAGGCUGCUGAACUGCAGGACCCCUCGGUGAUGUCAUCAGUGCGAGUCCAGCACUAAAAGCAAUAGUGUCAUCACGUGUCACCUUCUAAAAUGCACAUAGAGGAUAGACUGUGAAAACAUCACUCUGAAUGUAACUGUUAAUGAGUCUGAGAAUGUCAAAGUUUGUGUUUAUUUAACCUUAUAAGAUGUUACCGAACGGCAAUGCCAAUGUGAAAUCGUACAAUAGUGCCUCAUCGAACAAGGCUUCAGUUUGGAUGCAUACAUGAAAAGAGCAUGAAUGGCAUUUUUUCACUUCAUAUUUGAUGUGUUGCUUAUAUUUAAGUGCUUUUAUUGUGUUAUAUUUAUUGGGUUAGUGUUGAGUUGUUUAAUAUAGUGACCACUGGCGUGUUUUCUGCCUUUGCUUUAUUUGAAUUUAUUCAGGAUUCACUCAAGAUUUCACUUCAAGAUUUUUCUAAAGAACCUCUAAGAGCAGCUACACUAUUUUAAAUCAUUCUCAUCAAAUGUACAAACUUUGUUAUUUUAGAGUAACAUAAUGUGACAGUUUUAACUUAAGAAUAUUUUUGGUUUCGUGUUCUCGUUCAAUUGUCAGGUCAUUGUCUGUUGGAGCCACCGAUGUUUGCUCCUCUGUGUAAAACAAGACGAGCAGAGCAGUUCAGAUGAAGACAACGAACGAGGCAUGACAUGUUCGACACUGAAUCCAGCCUCAAUAAUAUAUCUGAAGAUUUUAGUGCUUCAUGUUGUUGUCGUCAACUGAACUGUCUCUGCACAGCAACUGAAAUGCUUCUUGUUCAAGCAGUGAGGUUUUACUGGCCAGUUUGAAAUCCAGGUUUCAUGAUGCUAGCAAGACUUCAGAUGGGUUGAAUGAGGCUAUUGCAAUGCUAAAUAAAUGGGAAGUAACAAACAAUAACAUUUUUCUUGAAUGACUCUGUUCUCACUCACUUGGUUGUGUGGGAUAAACUGGCUGAACUGCAUUUGUCACACGCAUCUUGACUGAACACAUGUUCUCCAUAAAUGUAUUGUGAUUGACAAUUGGUAUCCUUAACAAAUAGAAUAUGGACAAAGAUCAUUUAAAUGAGGUGUGAUGAAGUGUCCUGAGACUAAUAUACUUCAUCUACAGUUGGACACACAUCAGAUGAACACAGAUAUACAAUGCUCUUUGACAAAUGGACAUGAAAAACCUUUUAACACAUUACACUAUUAAUUUUUGAUUCAAGUAUAAGUGAAUUUGUCCUCUUUCAGCCUACAUUAAAUUAUUUACAUUGAAUAUAAGAGGGUGUGGUGAUGAUAUGUAAAGCAUAGAGUGAUUUCACCCAUGUGUUUGUGUGUGUGUGUGGUCACUAGCAGCAGGCUUUCUUCUUUAAUGGUUGAUCCACCAGUCUGACCGUGUUCACCCAUAUUCUG